AUGGCAGAGGCAGUUACUAUCACAGGCCGGAGGGCGUAUGCUAGCAGAGACCCAGCAGGGGCCGGACGUCCCAAAAGCCCUAGGGGCGUGGGACCGUCGCAGUCUGGAGAGGAGCUCGAACUCGCGACACCACAUUCGCAGCCAUACGCGACCGCGAUAUCGUUCCCGGAGGGCGGGCGGCGGGCCUGGCUGGUCGUUCUCUCGUCGUUCUGUCUGAUCGCAGCGACGUUCGGGAUGACGGGGUCGAUCGGACUGUUCCAGGCGUACUGGCAGUCGCACCAGCUGUCGACGUACAGCUCGCGGGACAUUGCGUGGAUCUCGUCGACGCAGAUCUUCCUGACCCUGUUUCUCGGCGUGCAAGUUGGCCCGCUGUUCGACCGGUACGGCCCGCGGUGGUUGACGUUUAUCGGCUCUGUUGGCGUCGUGGCUUACCUGCUGCUCCUGGGCGAGUGCACGCAGUACUGGCACUUCCUGCUGUGCUUCGGUAUCCUCGGCGGCAUCAGCGGCGCUAUCCUGACCACCGUCGCGCUGUCGGUCAUCUCCCACUGGUUCCAGGCCCGCAGAGGCCUGGCCACGGGCAUUACCUUCACCGGUACCAGCCUGGGCGGGAUCGUGUUUCCGAUCAUCCUCUCGUCUGUCCUGGAAGACAUGUCCUGGGCGUGGUCGAUGAGACUACUGGCGCUACUCGAGUUCGUGUUAGUCCUGGUGGGAAACCUCUUCGUGCGAGGCCGUUUGCCUAUCCAGAGUUCAGGGGGUGUUGUCAACCUGUUAUGCUUUAAGGAUUCACGAUUCGCGUGGACAACUGUCGGGAUCUCUUGCUUUGAAUUCGUGCUCUUUACGGCUAUUGGGCUUCUUCCAACAUAUGCCCUGGAGCAGGGCUUUGGCCAGCAGACCAGCUACAAUGUGAUUGCAGUGAUGAACGCCGGCUCCGGCCUUGGUCGUUAUGUCGCUGGCCUGGUGGCAGACCAUUACGGACGAUUUAACAGCAUGGCCAUAUCCAUCCUGAUCUCGCUCUUUGCCACUCUCGCGCUUUGGCUACCCAUCCACCACAACAUAGGCCUAUUCUACACCAUGGUCCCCAUCUUUGGCUUUGGCUCUGGCAGCGUGAUGAGCCUGGCUCCGGUGUGCCUCGGGGAGCUGGGCGAGGUGAGCGAGUAUGGGCAACGGUAUGGGACCAGCUAUAGUGUUGUGGGACUUGCGACUCUUAUUUCGAUCCCCAUCGCAGCCGAAUUGCAGGCGGCCGCAGGGACAACGGCGUUUGUGGCCUUUUGCGGAGGGAUGCUCGUGCUCGCGCUUUUGUCGUUUAUUGUAGCGCGAUGGGCGUGUCUGGACUAUAAGUGGCGAGGAAAGGUCAAAAUCUGA